AUGGGAUGGAAUAUAGACACCACGCAUCCAAGUACCAUCAAAGAUCAGAGUGACGUCGACCACAAAAAGAUUUACGAAAACGUUCUUGGACAAUCAAUAGCGACAACAGAUAUUUUUAGAGCAGGAAAAUUUAUAGUAUAUGAGUGUAGCAAAGCCAGGAAACGAGUAUGCGGAGGCUGGUCGGACAGAAUAUCCGGAAUCCUCUCUACCUUCGUCAUAUCUCUCCUUACAAAACGGCGUUUGCUUAUCAAACAUGAUGAGCCAUGCCCUCUAGAAGAUUAUUUGAUUCCCGCUCAGCACUUCGACUGGAUUUACAACGAAACUAUGCUUGUAAAUCAUACAAAUUCAUAUCAUAACUUCAUAGAUCGUAGUUCUGAAAACUUUCGUCAGUAUAUGAAUGGCACCAGAGACAUCAACUCAUAUUUCAAACAAGACGUCAGUUUUGUCCAAAUAAAUUGGGAUUUUACAGAGGAAUUCAGAAGUAGGUCACACAUUGGAAGAGAAAUUGGAUGGUUGACAAAAUUACAUUAUGCUGAUAUGUACAAACAACUUUUUACUCUCCUCUUCCAACCAUCACCUCUCCUUAGAGAUGCAUUGAAUAAGCAAAAUCUGAAUCAUCGAAGACCAAAAAUAGCUUGUGCCCAUGUACGCAUUGGGCGGAAUCCAAAUAUGCCCAGCGACCAUCCUCGAGCUAAUCCCUCAUUGGAAGUCCUGUGGAAAUAUUUCGACAAAUUGAACAAAGAUGAAUACGAUUUUUUCAUUGCAUCUGACGCUGACCAUGUCAAGGACGUCGCUAAAAAACGUUAUUCUGCCAAUAUCAUAGACACUGCAGGGAAAAUCACCCAUAUUGACCAACCAAAUAAGAAUGAUCCUCGUGCAGGAUUUCUGAAAGCAUUAUUAGAUUUCUACACAUUGGUCAGCUGUGAUUCACUAAUCAUUCCUAACAGUGGAUUUAGUAUCCUUGCUGCUUACCUCCGGGAAUCGGAUUCCGAAUUAUACUGUUUACGAGCGGGAGACCUGAAACCUUGUUCAAGAUACACAAUUCACAAUAUAUUUCCAACUCCUAUUCUCGCACCAGCACCGUAA